GGGAUUAAAAUAAGUAGGCGGCUCGGUGCAAAGGGAUGAGGGAGACGCAGUUUGGCCUCUCCUUAGCGCGUUCUCUGCCGUUCUGGUGCAGAAGGCGAGGAGCGGGAGCCAGGCUCUCCGUCCUGGGCAGGGGGGACUGGGGCGGUCCUCGCGCCAGACGCUCAGGGUCCCUGCGGCCCGGGGAGUGGGUCCCGAUCCGGAUCCAGAGCGCCGGGGGCGCCUGCGGGUUUCAGCACCGCGGGCUUCUCGGGUCCUGGGCCUCGAGCUGAGAGACACCGUCAGCCCCAGAGCCGCCGCGGAAGGAGAUCGAGGUCAAGAACCAUUGCAACUACUACAAUGGGCAGCAAAACCUUGCCAGCGCCUGUGCCCAUCCACCCGUCCCUGCAGCUCACCAACUACUCUUUCCUUCAGGCAGUGAACGGCCUGCCCACAGUGCCCUCGGACCACCUGCCCAACUUGUAUGGCUUCAGUGCGCUGCACGCUGUGCAUCUGCACCAGUGGACGCUGGGUUACCCGGCCAUGCACUUGCCACGAUCCUCUUUCUCCAAAGUGCCCGGUGCUGUGUCCAGCCUGGUGGACGCACGCUUCCAGCUGCCUGCCUUUCCCUGGUUCCCUCAGGUCAUCCAGCCCAAACCAGAGAUCGCUGCUGGAGGCAGCGGCCCAGCACUCAAGACCAAGCCCCGCUUUGAUUUUGCCAAUUUGGCUUUGGCUGCCACACAGGAAGAUCCUUCCAAGCUUGUUCGAGGCGAAGGCCCUGGAUCCCCCGCAGGUGGGCUGGGUGCCCUCCUGGACGUGACCAAGCUCUCCCCAGAAAAGAAGCCCACAAGAGGACGCCUGCCUUCCAAGACCAAGAAGGAGUUUGUCUGCAAAUUUUGUGGCCGCCACUUCACCAAGUCCUAUAACCUACUUAUCCAUGAGCGGACGCAUACGGAUGAGCGGCCCUACACCUGUGACAUCUGCCACAAAGCCUUCCGGAGGCAGGACCACCUACGGGAUCACAGAUAUAUUCACUCCAAAGAGAAGCCUUUCAAAUGUCAAGAGUGCGGAAAAGGAUUCUGCCAGUCCAGGACUCUCGCUGUCCACAAGACGCUACACUCACAGGUGAAGGAGCUCAAAACCUCCAAGAUCAAAUGUUAAACAGAGCCUCUGGCGCACCAGAGACCUGGGCCGCGCUGCCGCUUCUCCAGAGAGACGCGACACUGAAGGCGACUCUGCCUGCAGCGGGAGGGGCGCCGCGGGCCUUACCCCACCCCAACGGUGUCCCCUGGGUCCCUCGCUCGCGGCGCUCCAGAGCUCCGCCAGGCGCCAACCCCAGUGCUCAGGCGGCUCCCCCAGGACGCGGCUCAACUCUUGGCCAAAAUGCGGGACUCACGUGGCGGAAGGGAAACAGCAUUAAGAAAAGAACGAAAGCUCCGCGGAGCCGCAUCGGCGCCUCUCCCAGAAGUAUUACUUUUUCAGUUGUUAUUUUAUACGUUUUCUUUCUUGCCUUUCCUUCUCCUUCUUUCUCCCCCACCACCCCUUUGACUAUACAAGUUUGUAACUGACUUCGGAGAGAGGAGAGGAAAAGAAGUUCCGCCCUGGCAGCUUCCAACCCCUCUUCGCGUCUCCAUCCCACCCCACUCCACCCGGAGCCUGCAAAAGUGUAAUCCUUGUAUCUGCUUCAGCCGCCCGCCCGGGGACCUGCCUCGAGCGCCCUUCCAGCUCCGCUGCGCAGCCCUCCCGCCGGCGGCUCCGGUCCGGAGUGGGACGUGGGGACCCUAGCGCGAGGGCUGCCUUUCCCGGGCUCUGCCUCCCGGCUCCCACGCGCGGCCCCGCGAGUAGGCCGGCCGGGGCGGGCGUUGUAUUGCGACUGGCACUUUAUGCUGACCAUCGGUAACGGACAUUUAUCACUGGAGUUUUUUAACUAUUAAAUAAACAGUUAUUUUACAGGC